UUCCGUGGCUCAUAAAAAAGCAAAACAAGUACAAAUGGAUGGAAACAAAGUGGAUCCACCGGUCACAAUACAUUUAAAAGGUUCAUGCGACCAAACCCGUGAAACGAAAUUUCCUGUGUACAGACUGUUGGACAGAUAUCAUGGUUCACAUUUUUGGAGUGAAAAUGCGGUGAACUACGAAAAGCUAUAUAAUGACAUGUUGCCUUAUGUACUCCGGGCAAUCGGAAAUAGAACUGUGGAAAGCAAAGAGGGUCCCUUUGUUGUGUGUGACUACGGAGCUGGAGAUGGAGGAACAUCUAUGAAACUGAUGACUGAGAUCAUAAGCGCGGUGCGAAUAAAAUAUGGGAGAGAAAAAACUUUGGUGAUAGUGUACGAGGAUUAUUCCUGGAACGAUUUCAAGUCAUUAUUUUGUCUGACACAAGGUUUAUUUGAGGAUCAAGAAACUUUUCUUCCACAAGAUAAAAACGUGUUUCUCUUGGCCAGUGGUACCAAUUUCUAUAAACCCUGUCUGCCGCCGAAUUACGUGGACUUGGCUGUAUCCUGCAUUGCUAUGCAUUGGUUGAGCAAAAGGCCUUGCAAUCUUGAAUUGGAUAUACUUGGUCAAGGUGACAAAGUCAGUUAUGAAGAGCUAGAUGCAUAUAAAAGACAGGCCGCUGAGGACUGGGAGACAAUUCUCAUAAACCGGGCUACAGAACUAAAAAUAGGUACCUAA